GAAAUAGGGAUUUUUUGAAACCCUAAUUCUGAUUUUGAUAUAAAUUAAGCAGACAGGCCUUUCCAAUUCUACAUCCUCUCUUCAGAGCUUCUUCUUCUUCGUUCUUCCUUGGUUGUGAAUGUUAGAAAUCCUUAGCAAUCGGUUGAUGAUAACAUCCUUCUCUUCGACCACGACGCUCAACAUUCUGGCAUCUCUUUUCUUCUCUGGUUCCUGCAAGGAAGGCUGGUACUACCGCUGCAUCGGCCUUGACCCCUGAGAUCGAUCGAUCGAUCAAUCCAUCUCUCUCGAUCUAUCUCUCCUGAUUCUGAAAAUGUUUCUUCAAAAGCAGCAGCAGAAGAAGAAGAGUAACAGCAACCGUCUCUUGGUAAGCAUCACUGUUCUCGGAAGCGCCGGUCCGAUCCGGUUUGUUGUCAAUGAGGAAGAUAUCGUUUCUGCGGUAAUCGAGAUCGCUUUGAAGAACUACGCUAAGGAGGGUCGUUUUCCAGUUAUUGGAUCUUAUUCUGAUGAUUUCAUUCUCUACUGCUCUUUUUACGGAACUGAUGCUUUAGAUCCAUUGAUGAAAAUUGGAUCUGCUGGUGUGAGGAAUUUCAUGCUUUUCAAGAAGCCAUCUCCUCAAGUGGAGGGAUUUGAUGAAGAUCAAGUGAAGAAACAAGAAAUUGAUGCAUCUCGGAAGAGGAAUGGUGGAAUUAAGAGUUGGUUCAAUAAAUCUCUCAAUCUUAAGGUCUCUAGCCAUUAGUUUUUCAUUGAAUUUUGUUCUUAAUUUCAGUUUCAGAGAUUUAGGGUUUUAUCUCUGAUUCUCCAUAGUUAUAAGAAAUAAUGUUUCUGGUUAUAUGCUUGAAAUGGCGAAUUAUAAUAAAUUUUGUAUUCA